CUUUGAUAUCCAAAUUCAAUAGAUGUAACUAUCAUGAAUCAAUCAAUCCCAUCUACGAAAAAAGUGCAUUCUAUGCAUGGUGCGAAGUAUAAUCACAUUUUCAUCACAUCCAUCAAGCCACAAACCACUUUCAUCGCAGUCUGGGUUCCGUUAUGGGGUCACGCUGAGGCAGUGCUGCUUUCGGUGGCUUGAGCUGGACACCCUUGGGUGCGGUGCUUUUCCAUUGACGGUCAGGAACGUCGACAUCAUAGGAAUUGGAUCGAAGAUCCAAAGGGCGGGACCUGUUUUUGAGAUCUUGCUAUAAGAGCAAUUUGCUACCCCUUCUUGAUGAAUACUAACCAGAUUGCGAUCUCACAACUAUCUAGCAGCUCGACGCUCUCCCUGCUAGUCCUCACCCCUCAUUAGCUAGUUCUAAGGCUUCAGAGCCUAACCCAGGUAUUCAACAGGGAAAGCUAUCGAGCUUAGACAUGUCCAGCAUCAGUUCCAGAAUCGCUCGCAAUGGCUCUGCCAUCUCCUCUACUUCAUCGAGUUCUGUUGACAACUCAUCUCACAAUCACAUCGUUUCCUCAUUCCGCUCUCUCACGAACCCUCCAUGGCUCCACGAGAUCAUGGCCAAGCAGAACCACCGACACGAACGAAUCGCUAUAGGCACAAUGAAUGUGGGAGUGGCCGUCUUGACUGCAGAAAUGAUGCAAAUGCACAUUCAAAGGUCUCCGGAUAUCAGAGGCAUGUUGGAUUGCCUCCCUGUUGCUCGCAAGGACAAUGCUGCGUUCCUUGGCUGGAGGCAGAAGCUGAGGACAUGGUAGAAAUCUCAUACAUGCUCAGGCGAUACUAGAGGACUUGAAACUUGCCGUUGAAGUAUACGUAAAUGGUAGCAGAGUUGUGUUUUCUUUGCUGUGUAUGCUCAGAUAUCCAUAUGCUAGGUAGUCUCCUGAUAUGUUUAUUUUCAUUCGCUCUUGUACUCCUACCUUGACGUUCUCUGUCCGUCCUUAUCUUUGGUGGCACAUUACAAGUUCGCAGAUGGUUCGGAUUUAUUCUCCUGAAAUAUGAAGACGCUACUAGUUGAGUGUCCUAGACCUUCAAAUAUUCACCUCAAAGUGAAGUUUAGUAAUUUUGUCUUCCUCACAUAUAAUAAAAAGUAAG